GAGGAAGAUACCGUGGAAAAGGCACGUCGUUGUGCCGAAAUAAUGCGAUAUUACGCGAUCGGAACAUUAAAUGUGCAGGCGUUACGGCGCCGAUUAAGUGAUCGAGUGAACUUUUUGUGCGUCUAACUAGCUACCAAUGUGUGUUUUAUCGAACCAAUUUGUAAAGUGACCGCAUUUUAAAGCGUUGUAAUUAGAGUUGAAUGAAAAGAUUCAUGAGCGCAACAAAUCUUAAUAAUUUGGCGCUUAUCUUUUGUUGUAACUAGAAAAUAGGAGGAUAAACAUGGGUUGUUUGUGGAUAUGACUAUGAUAUCGUUUAAGUUUAGAGUGCAGUUGAAGUGGGAGUGAAGUGAUAUGGUGUUGAGUGUCACAGCAUGACCACGUGGAUGGCGCUGUUCGGGCUUGUAUGGCUGCUGCGAGUGCGCGGCUCGCUUUGCGGGUGCUCGGCGUGCAAGCGAGCCAGGCUGGACAUGCCUGAAGCCCAAGCCUCUCGCGCGCCCAGUCCAGACGAGCGGGCGGCGUUUGACGUCAUCGCUCUACAACACUACACCCGUGACGCCACAGUACAAACAGAUUUCGAGGAUGAGGAAGUCGAAGAUCUCGAUAAGAUCGAGUUACAAAUCACGGAAGAAUCCAACGCAGGCAACUGUGAGGGAGGGCGGGAAAAUACCCGCAGCCCGGAAUUUGGACGUCUAGCCGCAGGAAACAGUCAGUUUUCACCUAACUCUGACGACAUUUGGGAAACAGUCGAGGUGACGCUGGAAAGAGGAAUGUCAGGCUUAGGUCUAAGUAUAGCGGGCGGAGAGAACGGGGGGGAUGUCAGCAUCACACGCAUCGCACCAGCAGGCGCUGCCAAGAAAGAUGGUCGACUGCAUAUUGGAGAUAUUCUUUUGCAGGUUAACGAUGUCUCGGUUGAGAAUGCGCCACACUCGGUAGCGGUGGAUGCCCUACAAAAUGCAGGAAACAUUGUGAAACUGCGAUUACGGAGAGCGCGGCGACCGAGGGUGGUGACACUGUGGAGAGGCGCCCGCGGGUUGGGUCUGGGCAUUGCUGGCGGAGCAGACGACGCGGCGGGCGGCGGUGGCGUUUUUAUAUCGCAUAUCGCGGUCGGAGGUGCUGCGCAUCAUGAUGGAAGGCUGAAACUAGGCGAUAAGAUAUUGGCUGUGAGAGAUGAAGACGGGAUAGAAACCUCAUUAAUCGGUGCAACUCACGCCAAAGCAGUUGCCGCAUUGAGAAGCACUGGUGACCACGUUACACUCGUUGUGUUACCGGCGGCGUCCAUACCCCCUGUCGCAAGAACCGCUCCGCUAUACUCGACUCGAACACAAGCCACUUCAUGUUCCACACUCCACGAGCUCUCUGAAGAGGAUCCCAGUAAGAUACCUAGAUGUGUGCGUAUGGUGCGUUUGGUGAGGACUGGAUCCCGACUCGGAAUGGAUAUCGUAGGGGGGUUGGGCGAUGCUGAAGAUGGCAGUGAGGGUGAUGCUUAUGGAGUAUUCGUUUCUGGGGUAGCUGUUGGUGGCGCGGCAUAUGGCAUGUUACAUAGAGGAGACCGGAUCCUGAGCGUGGAUGGACAUGAUUUGACCAGAGCUACCCAUGAACAGGCGGCUGCUGCUUUAAAGUAUUCUGGAGGUGCGGUAACAGUGGCUGCCCAGUUUCAACCAGAGCAGUAUGAAAGACUGCGCGCGCGCAUACGUGCGAUCAACGCGGCUGCCAUGUCACCACACACACACGCGCACCACACACAUGUUCCUGUACAACCUGAAUUGCACAUUAUGUAUCCCAGAUAGCACUUCACAGUCUGCGAUAUAGAACACCGAAAGGACUGAACACAGGUUACCUAAACGGGAACCAUCCGCUUUCAUGGCACCAAGACUACUAAAUAAAUUAUAGAUACUUAUCAAUGUAUAAUUGAACAUUUAAAUUUCUGUCAUGUUUAGUACGUGUUUGAUACAGAAUUUGUGGCUAUUUACAAUUUAGUAUUAAUCGUAAAAACAAUGUGUUUUUAAUUUUAUAAAAUAGUUAAUAUAAGUGCUGUAAAGAAGACAAGUUUCCCGAAUUUAUAGUAUGGAACAUAAGACUUCCUUAACUACAGUAUUAUUAUUGCUUGUG